AUGAAUUUCAUUACCGAACGUCUUGCAAACUCUUUAGGACUUCCGCAACAGAAGUGUUCCAUCUCAAUCAAAGCCCUCGAUGUUUUAUCAACGACGUCAAAUCGUUUUAUUACAGCCACGAUCACAUCCACUAACGGAACCUACCAACGCACCUUAACAUUUCUCAUCGUACCAACAAUUUCGACAUCCAUUCCGGAUCAACCAAUAGACCGAUCAACAAUCCCAAUACCCAAGAAUAUCCAUCUUGCCGAUCCAACAUUCCAUUUACCAUCCCCAAUCGAUAUUUUGCUGAGCUCAGGGCCCACCAUUGCAUCACUAUGUGUCGGCCAAAUCAACCUUAAUCCGCCAACAGGCCCCGACCUCCGUUUACAAAAAACACACUUCGGGUGGGUCAUCGGGGGGAGCCCGGUCUUCCCGUCAACGGCCAGGGCAUUUCACACCUUCACAGCAGAUCUUGAAACGGAUCUUACUCGCUUUUGGGAACUCGACGAGGGACCACAAAUAAAACACGUGUCAGAAGCGGAUCGACGAUGCGAGGAACACUUUCUAGCGCACUUCCAACGCACCAGCGAAGGGCGAUACAUCGUCGCACUCCCGUUUAACGACAAACUUUCCUCACUCGGAUCAACUAAAACAAUGGCGAUGAAACGACUCGCCUCUCUUCAGCGCCAAUUCCAACGAGAUCAGAAAUUCGAAGCAGCAUAUCGGGCGGUAAUUCAGGAAUACGUGGAAUUAGGGCACAUGACGACAAUCGCAUCACAUCACCAAUCAGCCGAUGAACACUAUCUGCCACAUCACGGCGUAAUCAAGGACUCGAACACAUCUACAAAGCUCCGCGUCGUGUUCGACGGAUCCGCACCGAGCACCACCGGAGUUUCUUUGAACGACACCCUUCACACAGGACCGAAGUUACAAGAGGACUUAUUCGAUAUUCUCUUGAGAUUCCGCUCUCAUCAGUAUGUUCUCACGGGUGAUAUCGAGAAGAUGUAUCGACAAUUUCUCGUACGCCCGGAAGAUCGUAAGUAUCAGAAAAUUUUGUGGCGCAAUUCGAACGGUGAAAUCGAAACUUAUCAACUCAACACCAUCACGUUCGGCCUGUCGGCCGCACCCUACCUAGCUAUCCGAUGUCUCAAACAAUUGGCAAACGAUGAAGGACAUCGAUUUCCGCGAGCUUCGUCAGUCUUGCAGCGGGAUUUCUACGUCGACAACGCCCUUACCGGGGCUGACACGAUGAGCGAGGCGUUGUCAAUCAGAACAGAACUCACCGAACUUCUCCAACUGGCCGGCCUGAAAAUCAGAAAAUGGGCAUCCAACAACCGCGAACUACUCAACGGACUAUCGGACCACGACAUAAACCAAAACCUACAAUUGGGUGAGUCCCAACCAUUAAAGACACUUGGAGUUUAUUGGAGGUCCUCCGAUGAUUCAAUCCUUUAUUCGGUCGCCGCCAUGGCCAAUAUUCCUCACGUUACCAAACGAUCGAUCAGCUCCGUAAUCGCUAGGAUUUAUGAUCCUUUAGGACUACUCGCGCCAGUAAUUGUUCGAGCAAAAAUAUUACUACAGAGAGUCUGGGCACUGAUGGUCGAUUGGGAUGAAUCACUUCCCGCAGAUUUCCAUUCCGAAUGGAGCCGCUAUUAUUCCCAAUUAGCGCUCCUGAACAAUAUCUCGUUCCAACGCAAGGCAAUAAUCGGAUCCGCAAAAGAAAUCGAAAUGCAUGGUUUCUGCGAUGCAAGCGAGAAAGCAUACGGAGCUUGCGUUUAUCUACGAACCGUUAAUCCUGACGGCCACGUGCAGGUCCAGCUUUUAGCUGCAAAAUCAAGGGUAGCCCCGCUCAAGUCCCAAACCAUUCCUCGGCUUGAAUUGUGCGGAGCCCUUCUUCUUACGUCCCUGAUGUCUACCAUACAACAGGCUCUAUCGCGCAAUACUAGAACUAGUUCGCACGAUUGGCGCCAUGUUCCGACCAACGACAAUCCCGCGGAUCUAAUCUCGCGAGGACAAACGCCUGAAGAAUUUCUACGCCCGACUAUUUGGCAACAUGGUCCUGAAUGGCUCCAACUAUCUGAAGAACACUGGCCGACAUGUACACUGCCACCACUAACGGAGUUACCGGAACAAAAACGAGCAACCUGUAUGUCCGCAACCCCCGCCGAUCAUGGAUUUCUAGAAAGGUAUUCAUCUUGGCCUAAGUUGAUCAGGAUCAUCGCUCGCUGUCUCCGUUGGAAACAUAAACACAACCCGACUACACCCAUCACGGCAACUGAAUUAAAUACAGCCCACAACAAGAUCAUCAAACUAUUGCAAGGCAUCUAUUUUUCCGCGGAAAUACGUGCGCUCCAGAAGGAUCGAGACGCAACAAUAAAGGGAAAGCUCACGCGACUCAACCCGUUCAUAGAUAAGGAAGGCAUAUUACGCGUAGGCGGACGACUUAGUCAUUCACUGAUACCUUUUCCUCAAAAACAUCCUAUAAUCUUGCCUAAGUCAUAUGUUACAGCACGCAUUAUCGAUCAUGCACACAACGUCCACAUGCACGCAGGAACACAAGCUACGCUGUACGCCGUACGACGAAGAUACUGGCCCAUCGACGGUCGAAGUCAAGUUUGGCAUACGAUCAAGAGCUGCGUCCGUUGCUGCCGCGCUCAUCCACCGCCGGUGGAUUAUAUUAUGGGUGAUCUACCUGAGGCGAGAGUGACCGAGUCACGCCCAUUCACGAACGUCGGCGUCGACUACUGCGGACCAUUCCACAUCAAGGAAAGGAGAGAUCGCAACCGCCGCCAGGUCAAGGCAUAUGUUGCCAUCUUUGUAUGCUUAGCGGUUAAGGCGGUGCAUAUCGAACUCGUCGGCGAUCUCACUAGCGAGGCCUUCAUCGCCACACUCCGAAGGUUCAUCGCUCGACGCGGGUUUUGCUCUACCAUCCAUUCCGACAACGGCACAAACUUUGUUGGGGCGAACAACGAAUUACGUGAGCUUCACGAACUCCUACGAUCGAACGAUCAUAAUUCCAAGGUGGCCUCAUUUCUGUCAGAUAAGCACAUUGAAUGGCAUUUUAUUCCCCCUCAUACCCCGCACUUCGGCGGACUCUGGGAAGCAGCGGUAAAGUCAUUUAAACGUCAUCUCAAACGCGUAAUCGGCAACGAAUUACUCACCUUCGAACAAUUCAACACCCUCAUUAUUGAGAUCGAGGCAAUCCUCAACUCACGACCGUUAACUCCGAUAUCCUCCGAUCCGAACGAUCUCCUAGUCCUCACUCCCGGCCAUUUCCUCAUCGGCGAUUCACUAAUGAGUUUACGGGAGCGAGAUUUCAGAGACGUCCCUUCCAAUCGGCUCUCCAGAUGGCAACAUCUUCAGCAGAUCAGGCAACAUUUUUGGAAUCGCUGGCAUAAGGAAUAUUUAAACGAAUUGAGCAACCGCAGCAAAUGGAACCAGGGUGGGCACAACAUCCAGGAAGGCGCAAUCGUCAUCCUCAGAGAGGACAAUGUGCCCUCUAUGCAGUGGCCUCUGGGACGAGUUAUCAAGGUCCAUCCAGGCGACGAUGGUGUCAUCCGAACGGCUACGAUUCAAACGGCGAAAAACAUCGUGGAUUGA